AAUUGAUUCAACAACACUCUGGGCUGGAGAGCUACUAGUCUGUAAUACCCCAUCCCAUUACACUUAAUUUUACCCCUUUCCCUAAAGCCUUUAGUACUCUCUUGGCCAAACAAACAUAAACAUGCACCAAGCCUUGCACUGAUUUCCUGAUUUUCCAAAAAAAAAAAAAAAAAAAAAAAAAAAAAAUUUUGCAGCAAAUAAAUAAUUGAAACCUAAUAUUUGGACAUUUGUCUAUUAAACCUUAGACUACAGCUGUAAAACUCCCACCUGCAUAUACAGUCCUAGAAUUGUAACAGCAAAUCACAAACUAAUUUCUCAACUGAUUAUGCAAUACAAAAGUAUUUUUUAAUCAGAAUAUUUUUAAUCAGUACUCGUUUUUAAGCAAGUAAUAUGGACAGCCCCAGUUUUAACAGAUGAGUUGGAUUCAUCCCUAGCCAAAAUAGGGAGGAACAAGGCCCACAGGGUCAGGGUGAAACCAUAUUGUUGGGUAUUUCUGAGGAACAGACCCUGCCAUAAUAAAAUUGCUUUCUGAAAAUCAACAGUGAUAUUUAGGUAAAGGUAAACCCAUUUUGACUUUUAACAAAGACAAAUAAAUUACCACAUGCAAUCCUGUGGUUUUGUUCAUUUAUUAAAGAUUCAAGAUUCUAAAGAUUCUAUUGAAAUUUCUAUUUAAAAAAAACUAAACAAACUAAAAAGGACACAAAAGCAAGUCCACACCCUUUGCUAAGCGGGUCACAUGACUGACUCAAAGCUUAGUGGCACUCCAUGUCAAGAGGUCAAUCUUUCAGAUUAAGAAGUAAGUGCUAUAGUGGGAUAAGCCCGGUGCUGGAGUCAUGCUGUGGAUCUUCUGCUUGCUCUGUGUUGCUUUAUAAUGGAGGUGCACAACUUUUAGAGCACUAUUAUCAGAAUACAAGCAGGUGAGUAGAUUUUCUAAAUGAUUGCAAAGAAUUCUGGAGAGGUCCAGAGACGACCAAGAUUUUUACAAAACGUUAGGGAUACUGGGGAAGAUUGUAUAGUCCUGUUAAUAGAUAACAGAUAGAGGCAGGGUUUGGACAUAGUGCAUGUGCUUUUAUUGUCAGAUAUAAGUGUAUUAUUACUAAUGUAUCAAUAUUAGCAGAAUUAUUUAAGAGAGUUUUCAUCAUGAGGCAAUCAAAUGGAAAAUCCUAUAAGGAGCCUCAUCAAACGGAUUAAACAAGUAGCUGGACCUGAUGUUAUCUCAUAAAUCGGCCUUACCUUAAGGAGACCUGUCUUUAGUAGAGACACGAACAUGUAAUGAUAACAUGUAACAGAAUACAGUACCAAGCAUUUAAUGUUUUUAAUUUGUAUUAUUUACUCCUACAGUGUAAACAAAGUCAUCUAGACUAGCAUGGAAUACAUGAUAAAUCAAGUAGUAAAUUAAAAGUAUUAAACAAACCAAAAUACUCUGUGAAGCAUUUAGGUGCUUUUAUCUAGGUGCUGUUAAAUUGCAGUUUCUGAGGCUGAACUGUGCAGCAGAGGGAAUUCUUCCCCUUCCUUUCCUGGGGCAGUCCUGAUGAGAGCCAGUUUCAUCAAAACGUUUUUGAUGGUCUUGGCGACUGCAUUUGAGGAUACUUACAAAUUCUCGAAAUUGUUCAGAUUUUCACAGUUGUGUAGUUUUUGCCAUAAUAUGGAUUAGAACAUUACUCAAAUAGAGCUUUGCACUGUAUACCGACUCUACCUCUUCACAACUUAACAACUGAUGCUCUCAAACACGAUACGAGACAAGAAAUUCAGAUAAUUAACUCUUGACUUGUUCAGCACAGCUGUUAACUGAAAGCCUGAAUUCCAGGUGACUCUGCCUUAUAAAGCUGACUGAAAAAAUUCAGCCAAGAUAUGCAAAGCUGUCACCUAAGCAAGAGGUUCCUACUUUAAAGGAUCUAAAAUAUAAAACAUAUUAUGGUUUGUUUAACAAUUGUUUUUUGUUUACUAAAUAAUUCUUUAUGUAUUCCUUUAGUAUUAAUCUAAAGGUGUGUCCAAAUAUAGUAAAAAGAAACGAAAAUGUCUGAAGAGAGCAGGACUAUCAACUGUUACUUUAAGGCAGUUGCAGUUGAAGGGUCAUUUCUAUGUUGUUGCUACAGUAUUCUAGGUGGUUUCCAUUAUGUUGUUAGUUGGUUGUUAUAGUGUAACUAAGUGAUUGGUUACUGUGGUCUUCCAGGCGGUGGCUUUGGUGUUGUUAGAUGGUUGCUGUGAUAUCUCAGGUGACAGUUAUGUUGGUGGUUGGUUGGUUCAUUUUAGGUAGAUGAUGAAAUGGUGUUGCUGAGUGGUUGCUGUGAUUUCCCAGACAGUUGAUAUGUUGUUACUAGGUGGUUGCUAUGGUAUUACUGUAAAAGUGAUUUAUAGGUGGAUUAUUAUAGUGUUGCUAUAGUGAACUGCAAUGUUGUUGCUAUGGUAUCCCAGAUGGCUGAUUUGGUCUUCUUAAUUGGAUGCUAUAUGGGUGCUACAGUGUUGCAAAGGCGAUUGCUAUAAUAUUUAAGGCAGUUAAAUAUGAUGUUGCUUAGUAGAUGCUAGGAUGUUGGUAGGCAGUUGUUAAUGGUUGUGUGUUAAUAGUGUAUGUGUAUCAUUGUUAAAUUUUUGAAUACAAAAAUAAUACAUCAUAAUCUUUGGCCAACGGUUCUAAACCAAUUGGUUUAGCAUAUCUUGUUGAGUUCCACAGGGUUCUAUUUUAGGGCCUAUUAAAUGUAAGGAAAUAACCAUAGAACUGUAGUUAUAAAAGUAAAAGGAUCAUGAAAAAGCAACAAAUGUUUAGAGGUCAUCUGGCAUAUGUUCCCGUACCACCAGUGCUACAUGUACCACAGUUUUAGAACCCACUGUUAUCUGCUUAUUUCCCUUAGAUCACAUCUACCAAUAUGGGUUCCAUGGAGGAGGUGCUGACGUGCCCCAUGUGUCGAGACCUGUUCGGCCCCGGGUACCCCCUACCCUGUGGUCACAGCUUCUGUCCCAACUGCGUGUGGGAUAUCUGGGGGCAGACUCAGGGCUCCAGUUCCAUCAGAGGGCGCUUUGCCUGCCCACAGUGCCAGGAGGACCAGGCCGUGGUGGCCUGCGACUGCUGUCCAGAGGAGAAUGGGGAAGCAGGAUCAGCGUGUUCUGCUGUGAAGAGCUGUCUGCGCUGCGAGGUCUCGCUGUGUGAACAGCACCUGCAGCCUCACCUGCAGUGCCCUGCUUACAGCACUCACCUGCUGGUGGAUCCUCUUAUGGACAUGUCCCACCGCAGGUGUCCUGCUCAUCGGGAGGUGUUCCGCUAUUACUGCCUGGACGACAGGGAGUAUAUUUGUGCAGACUGCAUCCUGGAGGGCAGCCAUGCUCAGCACCAGGUUAAGGGUCUGAGAAAUCUGCAGGAGGAUUACAAGGUCUCAGUGCAGUCCCUUUUCAACCAGGCAGAGGACAAGAUGAAGAGCGGGGCGAGGAUUCUUCAGGAGCAUGAGAAAUCCAGCAGUAAUUUAAUAGGCUCGUUUGUGGCAGAUGACUCUCAGAUGGUGCGGUUGGGUUCAGCCCUGCAGGCCCAGGUUGACAUCCUGGUGGAGGCCCUGAAGAAUGUAAAUGAGCAGGAGAGGCAGCUGGCCUUCAGUCGGCUUGAGGAGGACCUGGGCAGAACUAAAGGGGGCCUGGAGCAGACGGAAAGCGCCCAUCGCUAUCUAGGCAGCCUGCUGCAGGAGACCGACCCCUUUCUGCUCAUCUGGGCAUUUCAGUCUGAGCAUUCAAAGCUUGUGGCUGAUCUCACCUCGCCGCUGUUUACUCCGGGACAGCCGAGCAUGAAUAAGAAGCGCAUUCUGGAACAUGUGGAGCAGAAAUACAGGGAAUUUAUAUCCGAGACACUGAGAUGCCUUAUUGAGCUCAAGAGAGAUCUCUUAAGCAGUCCUUUAACACUGGACACCAACUCUGCCCAUCAACUGCUAAGUGUUUCUGAUGACCAGCUGUCAGUGAAGAGGCUCAAAUCUCGAUUACCUCACACUGAUCAUCCUGACCGCUUCGACCACUGGUCUCAGGUCGUCACUAACCAAACCUUCUCUUCUGGAACUCACUACUGGGAACUAGAGGCAGAGGGAUUCUGGGAUAUAGCAGUAACUUACCACAGCAUUGACAGAAAAGGCAAGGAAGGAACAGCCUUUGGGUGCAAUAAGGUGUCAUGGAGCCUGACUCAGCAGCAUGACAGAAAGCUUGCGGCGUGGCACGACCGAAAAAAAACACGUCUCUCUGCUAAGAUGUGCGGAAGCCGAUUGGCGAUCUCGCUGGACUAUGCCUCCGGAUCGAUCACCUUCUCAGAGGUGGGGCCAUCAGCCACCCUGCUCCCCCUGCACAAGUUCCGCACCAACUUCUCUCAGCCCGUGUGCCUGGGCUUCGGCCUCUAUAAACCAGAGCUCAACAGCCAGGUCUCCAUCAUCAGGAAAACAUGACUGAUCGAUGCUGACGGACCCUUUAGUUCACAGUCAGAAGAAUCAACCCAGUUUACUGGAUAAUACGGCAGCAUUAAAGGGCCCAUAUCCUAACAUUUUCAUAUAUUUAUUCCUUAAAGGUAAAUUGGUGGUUUGUUACUGUGUUUUUAAGACUUGGUUUGGAAACACCUUCUCAUUCAAUGUUUUUAUUUUUAUUCCUACAGCGGUCCUGAUGAGAGCCAGUUUCAUCAUUACCUUUUUGCUGCUCUUUGUGAUUUAUUAGAUUAACAAAAUUCACUGUAUACCUGUAACUCUGCCUCUUCACAACUUUACAACUGAUGCUCUCAAACAUAUUAAGAGGCAAGAAAUUCAAGUAGUUAAAUCUUGACGAGUUCAGCACAGCUGUUAACUGAAAUCCUGAAUUACAGGUGACAUUACCUCAUAAAGCUGACUGAGAAAAUCCAGCCAAGAUGAGCAAAGCUGUCAUCUAAACAAGAGAUGCUAUUUUAAAGAAUCUUAAAUAUAAAACAUAUUCUGGUUUUUAUAAACCAUUUUUUUUGUUUAGUAAAUAAUUCCAUGUUUUUUUUUCGUAGUUCAGAUGACUUUAAUAUUAAUCUACAAUGCAGAACAUUAAAAAAAAAGAAAAAACACAGAAUGUAUGUGUGAAUGCUUGUCACAAAAGCAACAAAAUAACCUAAUUAUAGAUCACAAAGUUAGAAGAUAUAGACAGGGGAGUAAAAGGCACAUUUUGAAAUAAUAUUCCUACACAGUGUUAAACAGUUAAAUUUGAUCAAACAUAAAUAACAUUUUUUUUCUAUGACAUGGGCCCUUUAAUUGUAACUGUACACAUCACCACACCACACUGACUACACUAAUGCUGUAUGUGGUUUUAUUAAAUCAUGUUUUUUGGAUGUAUGGAUUUAGAGUGGAUAGACUAGAUGAUGUAGUUUUUUUUUUUUAGAUCUUACCUUCUAGUACAGUAUACUGUUAUAACUUGAUUCCCCUGGCUGCUUUACUGUUUUUUAUAUUCUUUACUGGUUUGGUUCUGGUUUGCAUGGCAAGUGUUUAACUACCAUUUAGAUUCAAACUGUCUUUGUUUAGCCUCAUUUUCAAAUUACAAGCACAUUUUAAUGCCAGGAACUCAUAGAGUUUGUUUAAUCUAUAAAUGUCCAUUUCUGUUUUUAAUGUUUCCUAAUCUGAUGUCCCUUAAUCUGCUAAUUACAACAUUUUGUUGUUUCUUUUUUAUUGUAGUUGAAUACUGAAGA